AUGGAAUAUCCACCCUCAGAGAAAGCAAUAAGAAAUUAUUGUGGUGGGACGUAUAGAGGUGCUAUUGAUCAAUUAGAUUACAUUGCUGACAUGGGUUUCAACGCUAUAUGGAUUUCACCAAUUCCUUUAAAUAUCGAUACAGAAACAAUAUAUGGAGUUGGUUGGCAUGGUUAUUGGUUGAAUCAUCUGUAUCAAUUGAAUGCAUACUUUGGUAGUGAAAAAGAUUUGGUCGAUUUCAUUAAAGCAGCACAUAAACGUGACAUUUGGAUUAUGUUAGAUGUAGUCGCUAAUCAUGUUGGACCUAAUGUUACCAAAAAUUAUCUUCCAUUUGAUCAAUAUGAACACUAUCACCAGCCGUUAUGUUUUAUCAAAGAUUAUAAUAAUCAAACGCAGGUUGAGUAUUGUUCUAUUGGUAACGAAGAACUGCCCUUGCCUGAUUUGAAUACUGAAAACUCGUUUGUUGUUUCUACGUUCUUAUCAUGGAUUGAACAAACAAUUCGCAAAUACAAUUUCGAUGGAAUUCGUAUUGAUACAUUUCGUCAUGUUCGGAAAUCGUUUUGGAAAGAUUAUAUUCGUUCAGCUGGUGUCUACUCUUUGGGAGAAGUCGCAACGUCAAAUACAUCUUAUGUCGGCAAAUAUCAAUUCGUUGCUGAUGGUGUAAUUCAUUACCCACUUUAUUAUGCUUUGAAAUCUGUUUUCACCGACAAUGAUCAAACAAGAAAAUCAAUGACAACUCUUGAACAGCAAGUUCAACAAAACGAAUUAUACUUUAAAGAUACCACUCUCUGUGGAACUUUUCUUGAUAAUCACGAUCAAGAUCGGUUUCUAAGUUAUACACAGGAUCGACUACGCAUUCAAAAUGCUCUUGUUUAUUUAAUGUUUAGUGAUGGUAUUCCAAUUGUUUACAUGGGUACUGAACAGAAUUUCACGGGAAAUCCGUUUGUUAAAAACGGUGCUGGUGAUCCGUGGAACCGCGAAGCUUUAUGGAGAACUGGUUACGAUCGUUCGAAUUGGAUUUAUAGUUUUAUAAAAAAGCUCAAUCAAAUUAGAUUAUUACUGAAGCAAAUUUAUGGUGAAACUUUUUUCCGAGCCCAUCAACAAACACUUGCUGUCGAUCAAUACACCUACGUGUAUAAGAAAGGUCCACUUAUUGUAAUCGUAUCCAAUCAAUCAUUUCAAAAGUCUAAGUACAUUUCAUUACCUUGUAAAAUCCAAUGUAAUGAAUGGAAAGAUUUACUUUCCGGAAAGGUUUACCAAGUGAAUAGAUCAAAUCUCUUCCGAAUCGACAAUGGAUCACCGAAACUUCUCUUAUCCGUUGCAUAA